AUGGAUUUUAUGGACGAGCUCCCUGAACAAAUAUUUCGAGAUAUCUUAUUAAGAGUACCCUAUAAAUCUCAAUCAAACAUUAAGCAAUUGUUAAAACCCGCCCAAGAAAUGAUGGAUUGCUUAGAAUUUUAUCAAGAUAGAAUUAAGUUUGGGACGACUAAGAAAUAUAUUUGUUUCCUCCAGCAUGCUGGGAUAUCUAUAUACGACCCUAUUGAUCAAUCAUUGGAAAUGCUCCCUCCUAUUCCCACCGGAUUCGAAAUCUUAAGGAUUUCUCAGAUUCAAUGUGUUAAACACAAAAUCGUUUUGCUAGGCUUGGAACAUGAUGGCAGUUUUAGUAAAACAAUUCUGAUAUAUGAUCUAUUAUGUAGUACAUGGAAGCAAGGUGCUGAAUUUCCCACUGGCAAACGUGCAGCCCUAUUUGCAUGUUGUGCCACGCCUCAAGGAUCAAUUUACAUUGCAGGAGGAAUUGAAGAAGAUGGUUUUAACGAUGAACUCUCUGAUGCGGCUGUCUAUAGAGUGGAUGAAGACAAGUGGGAACUUCUUCCCCAGAUGCAGGAAGAAAUUGGCCCGUGUAGGGGUGUUUUCAUUGAAGGAAUGUUUUAUGUCAUUGGUAUUUCGAAUAAUAUAAGUCAGAGGUUUGAUCGCAACACAGGAGUAUGGACAACAAUAGAAAAUAUGUCUCUGUACAAUUCAUGGCACGUCCAGCUUGUGUACGAUUUUGCACAACUAUAUGCAUUUGGAAGGAACGGAAUGGAGAAAUACGAUUGGAAAGGAAAUAUGUGGACAAAUUUCGAUUUUCCUGAAGAGAUUUUCUUUGUUCGUGCCACAGCAUGGUGUGAUAGAAUUUUCGUUUGCGGAUAUAAUAAUCCUAACUUCGAAUUAGGGGCCCCAGUUUUUUAUAUGUAUAAACCUGAAGCAGCUUUCUAUGAUAGGUGGAUUUCUCUUGACAGGCCAAGACAAUUUCUGGAAAUGGAAGUCAUUGCUGUCGCCACGAUAGAAAUUUAG